AAAUCAACAAGCGCUGUCCCCAGGUUGUUUCGUUUUCGUCGUUACUGGCUCGACGUGUGGUUCGCUUAUGGCGUUGGCUAGUGAUCUUUUGUCAACUUUCAAGAAGGAUUUAGAGAAUCUCAAAGACAAUGAUAAGUACAAAAUAAAUGCUUUGACUAUCUUUGCGCGCGAUCAUAAAGAUGCCAUUGGGGUUGCUCAGAGCAUUGUGGAUCUUACGCUUAAGCAUGUUCAAAUGAUACCGGCAGGAUUGAAGCUACUUGGCUUGUACGUAAUCGACUCAAUAGUUAAAAAUGUAGGUACACCCUACAGAAAGUUGUACACCGUGGAUAUUGUUGAUGUCUUUGUGCAUUCCUUUCAAUCGAUACGAGAUGAGAAGGGGCGUUUAAAACUGUACAAUCUGAGGACAACAUGGAAAGAUAUAUUUCCGAAUUCUAGGAUGUAUGAAUUGGAUAUUCGAGUGCGUGAGCAUGAUCCAGCUUGGCCUCUUUUGGCCAGCGCUCCCGAAGCAAAGGCUGCGUUUAGAUCUUUACCAAAUGUCCCAAAAAUACAAACUAAAACGGAACCUGUGGUAGUUAAUGUCAAGCAGGAAGCAAAGGAAGCUUCAUUGACAACGAAAACUGUCAUCUCGGCCUCACGUGAUCCGCGGCUCAAUCGGAAACGAAAGUCACCUCAAGAAUCUCAUUCGUCUGAGGAGUACCUUAUCGACCGUUCAGGGGAUCAAAACAUGGAGUCAGUUGCUCGAAAACAAGGUAAACAGGCAGAUGCUAGUGAGUCGUCUAAGAAGGUUAUGUUGUUUGGUGGUGAAGACUGUGAUAUGCGUUCACAAAACUCUGUACCAGCUUCUCCCGCUAGAUCAUCAGGUUGGUCAGAUUACAUCGGAAAGCAUAGUGAAGUCUGUUCUCGACGGGAGACAAAAGACAUAGAUAUGCGUUUUGCUUUGUCAGACCCUCCGCUUGCCUGUUCUCCGAGUUUUAGUAUUUCUGAAAAGAUAUCGAAAGGACCAUUAGAUGUACUUGUUAUUAAUAAACCUGACGCCACACCAACAAUCUCUCCUGUAUCCAGGCACAACACAUCAGAAGAACGCUUUCCACCGAGUGAAGUACAGUCUGGAAAAGGCUUUGGUAGUUCUAACCCAGAUUUAAAAUUACGUCCUGAGAUUUUGAAGUCUGAAAAUAUUCCACCUCGAUACUCCAAAGUAGAUAAUUUCGUCCCAGUGAAGGAACAUCACCCACCACCUCGCAUUACAGAUUUCCCCAGAGAUAGACCACAAUUAACUUCAUCCUUCCAGCCACCUGCAAUCCCACCUCCUCGUGGGCCACCGAUUCGUGGUCCUGUAUGGAGUGUUGAGAUCAAUGGAUUUCCAGACAUGGUUAAUAUUGGCGUCGAUCCACGAAUGCUUAGUCUUGUAACCCAUCCUAAGCCACCCAGACGGAUAACUAUUGAUGGUCAACAAUUCACAUUGUUGUUAGAUAGAGUUCAACCAUUAAUAGCAAUUGGGGAUCGCAUACAUGCUGUACGAUUCCGGUGUGAGUUUGCUACUAUUGUUAUUGAUGGUCAUUGUUUCAACAUUCCUGGUACAGGUUUUACGCGUGUUUCCAUUGGACCCAGAUUCUAUGUGGCAUACCUAGGUGGUCCGGGUCAUGAGCUUGUCAUCGAUGGUCGUCCACACACUGUCCCUACAACAUCCCACCUAACUUUUAUAAAUGUCGGUCUCCAUUCAGUUGGUGUAAAAUUUGUUGGAAACGUACCAAGGAACGUCAAUGUUUUACCACCUAUUCCUCCUCGUCUACUCAAGUGGGCAGGUCAAGGUUUGUUUGGUUCACCUAAAAACCUGUUUAUGGCACCACUCAACCCAAUCAAGGAACUUGCACGUCUUGCCGAACAUGGAUAUAGUUCAAGAAACCAUGCUACCUUUGUAAACAGACCUGUAGGCAAUGGUAAGCGACCGUCACCUAUGCGUCCCUUAGAUGCUCCAAAUAGCAGUAACCAAAGUAAUGGACAGAAAUUACCAGAGUUUGUCAACCCAGAUAUCCCUAAUAAGAGCGAAAAACCUAUUGCAAACGAAAAUGAGAGCUCAUCAAAUACAAGUGCUCCGCUUAAUAUAGAUGUACAUGAGUUAUUCCAAAAGUUGGUUAAAGCUGGUAUAGUACCUAAUACGGAACAUGAAAAAAAAGCAGAGCCUCCUGAGCUAGGGAGCUACAGCUGGGAGCGUUUUAAGAAUCCGUUCGGUGUUGAGAUUGACGAAUUAUAUAAUGGUCACCAAUGUGGUCAGUGUGGUCUGCGUUUCCAAAGUGACCUCUCACCGGAGUUUGCGAAGCACCUCGAUUAUCACUAUAUGAAGAAUUCGAGUUAUGGACAAGAACGACGCAGCCGUAACUUCUAUCAACCAUUACAGUAUUGGCUAAUUAGUGAAAUGACACGAGAAGGUGCCCCUCAAUUCGAGCCUGGUAGUCCAAUCCAUGAUUUACAAGAGUACAAAUGCACAGCAUUCGCGGAUCCGUCGAAAAAUGUGUGUGCUGUGUGUUAUGAAAGUUUUGAAGUAGUUUGGGAUCAUGAAGAAGAAGAAUGGAUGCUACAAGAUGCUAUUCGAGUUGAUGACAAGGUGUAUCAUCCUAUUUGUCAAGAAGAUGCGGGAAAAGAAUUCUCAAUUAAAGAUGUAAGUUGAAAGUAUCACAAGUCUAUUUCCCUUCUCAUAUUAACUUGUUUAAAAUUGUUCUUUUUUAUUACCUUUAUUUUACAUUUAACUGCAUAUCUGGAAAAAGUGAUUGUUUGUAUACUCAUUCUUAAAUAAAUGGUAGAUUUAAAUAAAAUUACCAUGAAUUCUGAAAUAUCUGAUAAAUCCUGAUUAAUAAUAUUUCAUUUUCAUACACUAACCACUGAAUUCCCUAACUAAUUCUUUGAUUUCGAAAAGCCUGUAAUGAACAAACAAUAAAGCGAGUUCGGAGUAUACGUUCACUUAGUAACAGAUUUCCGGUCGCAUCUGAUACCUUGACUUGGUAGUCGGAUUGGAAUAUCUUGAUGAUCUAAUCGAGCUAUAUUGACUAAAACUUGUUAGUUAGGUGCUAAUACGUACAUAGUUAGCGAGCUGUCAGACUAAAAGUGCCAAAGUCAAAGCUCGAGAGCAAAGUCGUGCUGGAAAAUACACUUAAAUUUGAUCGUAAUAAAGUAUUUCCUUAAAAAAGACUAGCGUCUCCAACGAUACUACAUCCUCGCAACAAAAGGAAUGGGUCAGAGAAGGUUACGUCUAAAACUAUCGCUUCCCAUCUUAACCCACAGGUCCCUGUCGCCGACGGUCAGUUUUAAAAGGUACAAAGCUGACACAUCUGGGUCAAUUCACAUGAAGGUUAUAUAUGGUAAAACCAAGCAGUUAUCUUUUGAACUCUGCGGUCACACUCCCAGGUUAAAACUACCCCUUCCUGAGUUUCCAUCUCUGAUCCUUUAAAAAAGAAGUAUCCUCCAGGAGUGUGUGUAAUGGGAAAGCGACAACCACCCUCAUACCUCUAACAGCACUUGACUAAUAACAGAUUAUUCAGCUAUCUUGAAUUCUACAUAUUUGUGACAAUGAGAUGACUAACUUGAUAUUUUCCCCCAAAAUGUUAUGCACUAAGACGUUUUUAAGCUCUUGGAUUAAUGUUACUUUUGCUAUUUGGUCGUACAUUAGAUAUUUUGUUCAUCACUAUUUGCUUUACACAAUUUAUAUUCAAAUUUAUUCCAGGAAAAGAAAUUUCCUUCACCUGAUCCUACUGAAAAUAAUACUGAAUCAACUUCCUCACCUGAAGGUGUUAAGGAAGAAGCCGGGGAUGAAAAUGCAUUUACUUGUGAUGAUUUUUCAACGAAUACAGUUAUUCCUGGUCUUUCACCCUCUACCUCUCCACAACAAUGUGAAUCAGAGAUGUUAUCGUCGAAUACGGAACCGGAAUGUGAAUUUAGUACUUCAGUGAAAACUGAGUCAAUUUUAUCCAACUCAACAAUUAGUGCAGACCCUUUGGCUGCUUUAAAAGCUGUCUUAAAAGGUGAUAUAUCUUCACUAAGCGCUCAAUCUCACUAACAUCUGAACCAAUUCACUUAUUAUUAUUAAUAUACCUUUGUACAUAUACUACUAUACAGAUUUCUAUUCAUAUAAAAUAGUGUAUCAAUUCAUUUUUUGUAGAGCUUGUAAAUAUUUCAUACAAAUAAAUGCUACUAUUUUACACUGUUAUAUGUUAUUAGAAAUGCUCAUUGGUUAAUUAAAUAUAACACGGUUGUCAUAUAUGUAAACUGUUCUUCUGUUUUGUAUUUUUACUAAAUUUGUACUAAGUAGAUUUACUGUAGUCAAAUUAUUUCAUGUUACACUUCAAGCAGAAAUAGAGUAUAAGUCUAAACAAA